CUCCUUCCUUCGCCUCUAAGUACCUGUCAUUACGUCCACGUACACAAGACUUUCAUCGACUGUGCCAAGACCAAAAAAAGCGACUCUUCUCAUGCUUUGAAGAGAGUAUUUCUAAAGCUCAACGUGUCAUCCACUUCAUCUCUCUAUAAAGGCAGGAGUGAGAGCAGGGCUUUGAACCCUCCUAGUCCUCCUGGUACUACUUAACUGAUACUUCGGUUCGGAUUGGAAUUGGAGUAGGAAGUCCAAGGGAAUUAGAAGACCAUAUGGAGGAGGGAAAAGCAGGAGGAGGAGCUGAGAAGAUGAAGAAAAGCGCAUCAGAGUUGGGGCUGGAGGAGUCGAUGCGAAUCAUGAUGAUCGCCCCUUCUCCUGAACACCACCACCUGGACCAUCAUCCUCCUCAUAACUAUUGUUAUGACAGUCCUCAUACUACUAGUAUAUCAUGCAUCACAGACGCUCCUCCUCUCUCUUUUCACGAUUGGGACAUCAGUGGUCCUGGUAGCGAUCAUCAACAUGAUAUGGCCACCGCAAUAACCGCUUUCUGGGAUCCCCCUCUUCUUACCGAGCACUCCCCUCCUGAUUCUAACUCGUCCAUUUUUGUUGGUAGCAGUACAUCAUUGGCUAAUAAGCCUGAAUAUAGAGAUAUCCAAGCAAGGGAAGCCAUGAGUGGUUCAUCCCGCCAACACUCAGAUGAAGAUGAUGCUGCAACAGUGGCAGAUCCAAGCGAACAGAGCAGAUAUCCUACUGAUCUCAAGCGAAUUAAAAGGAUGGUUUCCAAUAGGGAGUCUGCUAGAAAAUCACGUAAAAGGAAACAAGCACACUUAGCUGAACUUGAAAUACAGGCUGACCGACUUAGAGGAGAAAAUUCUACUUUGUUUAAGCAACUAUUAGAUGCUGCACAGCACUACCGCCAUGCUGAUACAAAUAAUCGAGUGCUGAAAUCUGAUGUGGAAGCCUUAAGAGCUAAGGUGAAGCUGGCUGAAGAUAUGGUGGCUCGAGGCCCUUUUUCUUGUAGCUUAAAUCAUGUUUUGCAAACUUUGAAUCACCAACAUUCUAUUGGUACUCGUGGUCUUAGUGCUGUGGCAAAUGUUUCUCCUACAAUCACUGUCUACGGGGAUGAUGACUCUUCAACUGGCUUGACAGUUCCAAUGCCAAAUUCUUGCCUUGGAGUUGAAAACAGCAAUCCUAAUAAUAGCAACUUCACAAAUGGAGUCAUCCAUGAUCCUGUAAGCUGUGUGUCUGGGAUUUGGCCCUGAAAUUCUUAUGUUCCUUUCUGUUUCAAUUAGGUAAGUCUUUUGUUCUGCCAGUCCUAAUAGUCCUCUUAAAAGAUUAGUCUUGCGUGGUUUCUUCUUGUACUCAGGCUGUCCCUUACGUUUAAAACAAUCUCCAGGGCAGACUUGAGAUGUCAGAAGACUGAAGGACAAGUUAGCAUUUUUUAUGUCCGUAGUAUCAAUAUAGCGAUAUGUUGUGACUAUGUUUUUCAAAAGCUCCAACUCAGAUGCUGAACAGUUGCCUUAUUUGAGCAUUUGUAGUUUUUUUCCGCAUUAAUGGUACAAAGUAGUCUAUCUCCGGGGCUAGACUAUGUAAUGGACUUUUCAUGCAUUAGCAGCUUAAUCUAGGCUGGAAACUGUCUCUGAUAUUUCUUGUACAAAUGCAGUAGAAGCUUAGAAACUUCA